AAGAAGAAAAAAAAAAAAACAACCUCUGCGCACCAGUCUGUGGAGAAUGGGAGAUUCGUAUCAGACUUGGGGUUGCUGAGGGGUGUUAACUGGGAAGCAAAAACGAAACCACUCCGACGAGAACAUUAGAGUAAAAUCUGGAGCAAAGACGUAGUUCUUGAAUUCGUCAGCCUUAUCUGUGAAGAUCCGCACGGGUGUCCGGGGUGGCGUUUGAAGUUGGGGAGGCACUGUAAUUCCGCCUAAUCUCGGUGUUUCAGCGCGACACGAAAGUGUGGGGUGAAGCUGCCAAACGAGUGGCGCAGAAAUAUGUGGGAGUCGAUUUUUAAACUGACAACAAACCACUGCGUUUACUGUGUCUCGUUUACCCUUUAAUGUUUGUCAACUCCCUUUUAAAAUUACUUAAAAGGCUUAUUACUUGAAGUGGCGAAUACGUAGUUUUUUUUGUUUUUUUUUUCGAGACUCCAUUACAUGAACCUGCUUACCUUCAGUUGUAAUGGAAAAUUCAGACAAGAACGUAAUCUUAAAAAAAAAAAAAAAAAAAAACAACAACUUUACAUCUCACUUUAAGGUAGGGAGGUAGUAGACUAAUUCGAUGACUUUUACUUUGUGUUUAGGAAUGUGUUAUUUAACUAAAGUCUCUUACAUACCUCUAUUCGACCUUGCAGGUGGUUUAAUUUUAGCUGCCUAGGUGUUGACAGUACCACCCAAGAAGCCUCAGCCCCCUCCCCAAUCUAAGGGUUACUGAAGUUAAUCCGCAGACCUCAUAUCUCAUUUCAUCUGGUCUAUUUCCUUGUUCGAAAGGAGAGCAAAGUGUGGGCCUACGGACGAUCCUGAUUGAUAACUUGGAGAGAAGGUGGCAUCAGAUGGUUAAACCUGUACGAUAAUGGAAGAAACUGGGCAUAGAGGAAGAUGGAAUAAAAAAUCCUCUGUGGGCACAAUACUGCUCCUCAUGUACAUGUUCAUUCCAGCUUUGGCAUUGUUACAACCUUCAGAGGAGCAGAUUUGUCCACAUGGGGAUUAUCCCACUGAAAAGGGAAUUUGUUGCAACAAAUGCUCUCCAGGUUUUAAGCUUGUAGAAAAGUGUCAUGCUACAGGUCAGAGAAGUAUCUGCACACCCUGCCCUGAUGGACAAUUCACAGACCAGAUGAACUUCUUCCCCAACUGCAGGCGUUGCACACGCUGUAAAACAUCAAAGCACGAAUUUGAGGUAUCGCCGUGUGAAAGAAACAAAAACACUAUUUGUCAAUGUAAAGAGGGUUAUUACAAAUCUCACAUUGACUCAGAAACAUAUGAGUGUCUCAAAUGUACACAAUGUGGGCCUGAUGAAAAGGAAAAACAAAACUGUGCACCGGAGAAAAACACUGUUUGUGUAUGUAAUGAGAACUACUACAGAGUCAACAGCAAGUGUGUACCCUGCAAGAAUUGUACCGCUGAGUGCGAUCAGCACUGUUCAACACCACCAGGGAUUAUAAAAGUUCAUAACACAGGAAAUGAACUUCUUAUAAAAAUAAUUGGUGUAGUUGCAGCUGUGGCACUUGUUUUGUUGGUGCUGGUGGUUCUUAUCACCUACAUGGCCACAAAAUGGUUUACCAAGAAGAAACUUCUAAAACCGACCUCCCAACCGUCUGAUGUUUCCCCGGACUCUAGCGAGCAGGUCCUGAUCUACAGUGAGGAACCUUUUGUAAACAGCAAUGUCAAAGCCAUUCCCCAAAGCCCUGUGAGUGAACAGCAGCCAUCCAACCUGCCUGACUGUGUCCCCCUGGAAAUCAACAGUGAGUUCCCUGACCUGAUCUACACAGUGCUGGAUCUAGUUCCUGUGCUGCAGGUGAAGCAGCUGGUGCGUACUCUCGGUGUGAAGGAUACAGACAUCGAACAAGCAGAGAUGGAUCACCGAUCCUGCCGGGAGGCUCACUACCAGAUGCUGCGGGUGUGGGUUGAGAGAGGGUCACGUGCAGGUGGAGGAGGAAGAGGUAGAAUGCUGCACUCACCGUUGUUGCAGGAGUUGUUAGACAAACUGAAAGACAUGCAUCUGGGACAGGCGGCCGAGGAGCUGGAGACAAAGUAUGGCAUUCAGUAAUUCUUCAAACACGAGCCAAGUGGAAGAAAAAGCUUUUGAAACCAAGUAUUGCUCUUUCUCAAAGCAAGGACAUGGUGCUACCACUGAAGCAGCAGUUUUAUUUCACAGAAAACCAGUGUCACUGAGCACUCUACCUCUCGUACCCUUCAUUUGGUGAGAUGGUGGUCAAACUACUGAUAAGAACCAAUCAAAGGUUCAGGAAGGGAGGACUAGAAAAAUUAGGAUUUUGCACUGAUAAAUUGUGCUUAAGACUUUGUAAAGAACUAUCAGCAAUAUAUGUAGUGUGUUUUUAACUAUAUUUUUAAAAAUGUUUAAGGAAUAGUCAGACAUUUUUGUAAAUGGGCUUAUUCUCUUUCUUUCCAAGAGUUAGAAGAGAAGAUCGAUACCAAUCUCAAAUGUGACAGUUGUACUGAUCUUCUCAUCCAACUCAGCGAGAAAGCAAAUACACGUAUUUCCCCCCAAAAAGUCAACUGAAUUAGGCCGUAGAAGCCUUCUCUAUGAUGCACUGUUUAUUUAGUAUCACUAUACUGCCUGUCUUUGGAAAUAUGGGGGAAUUAUAGUCUUUAUGAUUUCAUAUUAAACCAAUUAUACAACAUUUAUUCAUGAUUUGAGUGUUGCUGACUGUAACUUGAACUGUUUUGUAUUUUCUUGUGGCUUCAUCAACUCUUUAUUGAACAGCAAACCAUUUUACAAAUCUCAUUUGUUUGUAAUUUAAGCCAAUUAAGCUAUUCUGUUUCUGUCAAGAGUCACUAUUGCAGCUACAGUAUGUUUAAACAUCGUCAACAACAUUGCAAACAUUUUUUUUUUUUUUUUUUGGUCAUUUGUUUUUUUUCUUUUUCAACAGAGGGAAGUGCAAAAUUAAAUGAUGACUAUUAAUCUAUACCGUAAAGUUAACUGGUAAUGUUUUAAUAGUGGUUCAUGGUUAAACUUUCAAAAUAGAGACUGAAAAAGUUCUGGUCUGAUAAAGAUUUGAUGUGAACAAUAAAAAAGCUAGGAUGCUCGUUGCUCCUAAAUUGUGUAGACCAGACCACUGCCACUUUUUACAAGCUUUUCACAGCCCCAUUACCAUUCUUUUAAGCCUCAUCGCACAAGCAUUAUUCAUUACUGUUGGACAAAACAGGACACGCCUUAUCUCAGUCUAUCUUUUUGAAACUGUAUGAAACUUUAUAAGACAAACAUUUAUUGAGUCAACAAUCAGUGAUAACAUUGAGCAUCGGUUAUGAUCUUUAGGUGUUAAUGUCUGGACUGUUUAAAUAAAUGUGUCAUGGAUCUUUUUGU